UCAAAAUUCAGGAAUGUGUUCUCAUUGGUUGGAGAGUGGAAGAAAUGUAGGUUGGAAUAAUUCUAUCAACGGUCGCAGGAAGCGGAGCAGGACAAAUUGUGACAAUAUUUCAGGUUAACAAACAGUCGACUGAAGUAUUUUGACAUCUAGACACAAGUACUAAAUUAAUUAUUGUUUUUUGUAGUAAAUAAGCGCCCAGCAUAAUCGUUCGUUUGCCAGUACGGUGUUCUGCUCCUCAUGGAACGAAGCUAAGGCGUUACAGUAGUUAGCUAACCUCUAACGUAUUUGCGAGGCUAGUGAGCGAACGUUGGCUAAUUUAUUUAGCCAAGUCAUUUUGGAUUACAAAUUGACUCAAAAUUGUAGCGCCAUGGGCACACGGAUGUCAAGCUACUAGGGAUAAUUUGAAAACGAUUUAGUUAGCUAGCCACUUUAACGCUAUAGCCAACGUUACUGUGUCUGGGAAGUGAUACGUUUCAGUUGCCGAAUGUUCGUCGGUAUGUCCCCGAAGAUGGGACCUAUUCGACAGAGACUAGACUUCAACCAGAGUGACGGAGAGGACGACGGCAACAACAGCAUUGGAACCGAGUCGAGUCUCGCCGAAAUGGACUCCCUAGUGCAAUCGCCGAGACACAACUCCAACUUAAACCAAGCCGUCUGUAACGGCACCACGAAGACAGCUACCGCGGAGGAUCGCGUUGAACACUGGGAUGAGGGAUUUGGAUGUCUUUUCCCCCUAAAAUCACCAGGGACUGACCUGAUGAGGGGGUCCCCUUCUCUGAGUAAAGGGUCCCGGCCCUACUACAACAGCUCGUCCCCGGAGUUUUCCGACAAUCAGGAUGGAAGCUCUCCCAUUCCAGAUUGUCCCGACACACUGCCCCAUAAAACCUUCAGAAAACUCCGACUAUUUGAUGUCCCCCACACACCUAAGAGUUUGUUGUCCAGAGCAGUGGCCACAGGAUCCACAGUCUGCCGGGUAGGAAUAGGUGUCUACAUGAAUAGGGAGUCAACAGGAAGACCGCACACAGACAGCAGGAGUAGACAUGCGCCCAUGAUCAACAUCAAUCCAUUCACCCCUGACUCAUUACUGAUCCAGGCAGCAAUGUUACAAAGGAACAACAGAAAGAGAUCACACAGGAAUGACUCAUGUGGAGAGGACAUGGAAGCCAGUGAUGCAGAGUGUGAAGAGGACAUCAUUCCACCAUCAAAGAGAAUUAAUCUUCUGGAUAGCAACAUGAUAUCAAGAUAUGCCACAGAGUUUCAUGAGCUGGAGAAGAUAGGAUCUGGGGAGUUUGGCUCUGUCUUCAAAUGUGUGAAAAGACUUGAUGGCUGCAUCUAUGCCAUCAAACGCUCAAAGAAGCCCCUCGCUGGAUCUGUAGACGAACAGAAUGCACUCCGGGAGGUGUAUGCCCACGCGGUCUUGGGGCAGCACCCCCAUGUAGUGAGGUACUACUCUGCCUGGUCAGAGGACGACCACAUGCUCAUACAGAAUGAGUACUGUAACGGCGGCACACUGGCAGACGUGGUCUCAGAGAACUACAGAACCAUGCGCUUCUUCUCUGAGCUGGACCUUAAGGACCUUCUCCUUCAGGUGGCCCGUGGACUGAAGUACAUUCACUCCACCUCUCUGGUUCACAUGGACAUCAAGCCAAGCAACAUCUUCUUAUCCCGAAGGACUGUGGUGUGUGUCGAUCAAUUUGACGAUGAUGAAGGACCAAAUACAAAUGUUGUUUACAAAAUAGGUGAUCUUGGCCAUGUGACCAGAAUGGACAAUCCUCAAGUUGAAGAAGGGGACAGCAGGUACCUGGUCAAUGAAGUCUUACAAGAGGACUAUAGAAACCUCACCAGGGCAGAUAUUUUUGCCCUAGCACUGACUGUGGUCAGUGCCUCAGGAGCUGAACCACUCCCAACCAAUGGUGACAAGUGGCAUGAUAUCAGACAAGGAAAACUACCUGCGAUACCUCAAGUGCUCUCACAGGAAUUCCCAAGUUUACUGAAGUUGAUGAUCCACCCUGACCCUGCCAGUAGGCCGUCUGCGUCUUCCCUCACCAAACAUCCCGUCCUCCUCACUGCCUCCCGCAUGAGCGCUGACCAGCUCCGCGUGGAACUCAACGCAGAGAAGUUCAAAAAUGCGCUACUGCAGAAGUACGUACCCUCUUCAUAUGUCAUGGCUCAAGGCUUCCAUUCCUUUUUCACUUAUCAUAUCGGAGCUUAAAAAGGCCCAGCAAGCCAAAGUAGCUGCCGAAGAGAAGUUUCUGAUCUCAGAUAGGGUCCUGACGCGCUCCACCCUCCAGUCCAGCAGGAGCUCCAGGCUCAUCGGCAAGAAGAUGAACCGCUCAGUCAGCCUGACCAUCUAUUGAGCGGGCCAACUGCCAACCCAAAUGGGUAUCAGACUGAGUCAUAUUCACUAGGCACGACGUGGAAGAAAAAAAACAGGCCAAAACAGAGGGGGACUACCUGAGGGGGACUACCUUGUCCAAUUAGAAAUGCUUGUUUUCUGUUGCAAAAUUUCUUGCUACCUUGUGCGCUAAUGAAAACAACCCUGGUUGCACUCAACAGUGUACUGGGAAGGCCUCCCUAGGCAGACAUGGAGAGAUGGGCUUCAGAGUGUACAAACCGACUACCGGUAUUUAUAGUUCUUACUGUUUGGUACUUGGAAAGGGUUAGUAAGACAAUGGACCAGAUUUAUUUGAUUCUAAAGAGUGAAAGGGUUGUUACCUUCCCAAGCACUUGGCAUGUUCUGGCAAUUGGUAUUACAUAGCCAAUUUUUGUUUUUAAUGGAAUGUGGGAGCAUGGUAGAACAUUCUGUUGCCAGUGUGCGGGUUUGGGAUGGUGUGUAACAGAUUUGCACUUUACAGUCUAUUAUACCUGAUUUCAGGUAGUGGAACUGGAUCAUUGACUAGGAAUGAUUCAAUGAGCACUUUGAACUUGCCAUAUGCAAACUGUUUGGCUCAGUCAAACUGUUUGGCUCAUGGCGCUUGCAAUGGCAGGGUUGUGGGUUCGAUUCCCACGUGUGACCAGUACGAAAAGUAUGAAAAUGUAUGCACUCACUAGUAAGUCGCUCUGUGUAAGAGCGUCUGCUAAAUGUAAACAUGCAUACUGCUGCUAUAUGUUUGUCUUGAACGUUAGUGGACUUCAGUGAAUUUGUAAAUUCCAUUCAGAUGUUUAGAAUAGUUUCAGAAAUCAAUCUCUUCUGUAAAACAUGGAAUUUCAAUGUGUUGCAUCUGUAAUACAUUUCCUAUCUGAAGUUCAUUAUGUAUUGAGUUGUGUACACUGUUUAAGAUGUUUUACUCAUGUACAUUGUUCAUGAGUCAUCCAAUUGUGUGUGAUGCAGUUGGUCAAAGUGGAUCAUUGUGUCAAGCCCCGGUGUCAUUUAUUUUAUAUAUGAUGCAUGGAGCCACUGAAGAAUUGUUUUAGUGAAGUCAGUAUUUUCUUCUGUUCAAAACCCAUCAGAACUGUAGCAUUAUUGACUAAUUUACAUUUUCUCAUGUUUUACAAUGAUGUAUAUUAUGCAUGUAGAUACUUUUGACAGCUAUUGGUUUCAUGUUACUUGUUGCAAGUUCAAUAAAUUCACUCCCGAUAAUAUGGAUACCUUG